AUAACACCGCAAUAACCCGCCUCCAUGCAGAUGCUGUAUCUCUACACAUGUCCUUGGGUGCAUUACCAAUCAACGUCUCGGAUUGUACAUAGAGAUCUCCCAGCCACAGGUGUAAUCAGGUCAUGCCACAAUUGACCGAGAAUCAGCCGCAUGCAUUAGCGCUGCCCUCAGCUUCCUCUCGCCCACAGGGUCCUUCAUCAUCUCAUCAGCUCAUGAUUAUUCCAGGGAAUGUGAUUUGCAGUGCCUCAGGAUAUUGUGCGCAGCAGCCUGCGCGUGUCGACCUGCACCACAUUGAACGAUGGAUCAACUGGCGAUCUUCCUGUGAUUGCAGUGCAGCAUGUCAAUAUCGUCGUGAUUGCGGCCCGUCCUCCGCGUUGAGUGCGUUUUUGGUAUUCUUGGCUUCUGGGACAAAUCAUUAUCGUUGGUACUAUAUGGACAAUCAUUUCUGCACUACUUAUUGUGCGCCACCACUCGGAUCGUCCUGGGCUGCAGGAUCAAGCCAAUCUAUUCAUACACAGGACGCCGGGGGAUUACUGCCCGUCCCCUUGAUGAUCGAUUGGCCAGCUGGUGCAUCAUUCGUGAUGGCGUCGCAAUGCAUUUUACAUAUGCAGCCAGUCCCACGUCCAUGCAGCUGCAGCGAUCUCAAGCAAAGCCCCCUCUUGUGCGCCUUAUCCUAGACACCUUUCAACCUAUCUGGAACGUUGAGUCGGACAACCGGAA